AUGCGGCAAUACGAGGAGCUGGGCCACAUGACGAAGGUGGACCCGGCCGAUCCCAACGCGGAGUGUACGAGCUACCUCCCGCAUCAUGGGGUCAUGCGCGCGUCUGGCGCCUCCGCCAAAAUUCGAGUCGUAUUCAACGGCUCAACGACGAUCCCCUCCGGUACAUCACUAAACCAACAUCUACUGGUGGGGCAGAACCUGCUCCCCCCUCUCGCCAAUGUGCUGUUGCGGUGGCGACUGCACCGGUACGUCCUUGCCACCGACGUGGAGAAGAUGUAUCGGCAAAUCCUUGUGCAUCCCGAGGAUCGCGACCUGCAGCGAAUAAUUUGGCGAGAUGACGAGCAAGGCAACAUGGGGGACUUCCGAUUAAACACUGUGACUUACGGUCUGGCGUGCGCCCCCUUCCUCGCCAUGAGGACACUUCGACAGCUCGCUGAGGACGAGGCUGGGCAAUAUCCCCUGGGAGCGAGCGCCCUUCGGUGCGACGUCUACAUGGACGACGUCCUCUCAGGCGCGGCCACCCUCGACGAGGCGCGAGAUCUCCAACGCCAAUUAACAGGCCUCUGUACGGCGGGCGGGUUCCCCUUGCAAAAGUGGUCGGCAAAUAAACCCUCGCUCCUGGCUGACGUUCCUGCCGAACACAGGAUGCAGCGUGAGCAGCGCGACUGGCGACCACAUGAAAGCCACUCGACUCUCGGCCUGCAAUGGCACCCCAGCAGCGAUGAGUUUUCUUUCGCUACUCGAAGACUUACAGUUGGCACUAUCACAAAAAGGUCAGUCUUGUCACUCAUCGCUAAGCUGUUCGAUCCACUAGGCUGGUUGGCCCCCACAGUAGUGAUAGCCAAGAUCGAGUUUCAGUCCACCUGGCUUCAGGGUCUCGACUGGGACACGCCACUCGAUGAGGAGUUCUCCCGUCAGUGGGCUGACUUUCAGGCCGAGCUCCCGCUGCUGGAGGGUCUUCGCGUCCCUCGGUGGGUGACCUCUUGCGAUCCCGGUGCCCGGGUGGAGAUUCAUGGUUUCGCGGACGCUUCCGAGCGCGCCUACGCCGCCGUCGUCUACUUACGGACAGCAAUCGGUGAGUCUUGGCACACCAGCAUCAUAGCGGCAAAAAGCAAGGUUGCUCCUACCAAGCAAAUCUCGCUACCCCGCCUGGAGCUCUGUGCCGCCGCGUUGCUCAUGCGCCUCGCAUCCGGCCUCCAAGCUACGCUCGAGCUUGCCUGCCAAGACCCUAGUCCAUCUGUGGUCGGAUUCCACCGUCGCUCUAGGCUGGAUUCGAAAGCACCCGUCUCCCAAACUCACGCGGCUCGACCUGGGCCCCCACCGUCGAAGGAACCGGAGGAGCUGCUGCGUUUUUCCUCCCUCCAACGGUUACUCCGUGUGACCGCUUGGCAUCGACGGUGGCUACGGUCGAGACCAACAACCGAGACGAUCACGGCACCGAAGGCAGACUCUAAUCGACUUGGCGACACCCUGUCAGUAGCCGAGAUCAACGCUGCUCAGACGGCCUGGAUCCUUCGGGUACAGGCUGAAAAAUACAAGGCAGAAUUAGACAUCAUUAAACAAAGUCGUAUUCUCGCUAAAUCCAAUACCUUGACUCGUCUUAGUCCCUUCUUAGAUCCGCAGGGCAUCCUCCGAGUAGGAGGUCGAAUUAAGCACGCUAUCUUCGCCUACGAUGAGCGGCACCUGAUCAUUUUCCCUGGUGACUCUCACCUCACCCGGCUGAUCGUUGAGGCGUCCCAUCGAUCGUUGCACGAUGGAGUCCAGAUGACCUUGGGGCUGGUCCGGCAACGCUACUGGGUCCCUCGCGGGCGAUCCCUGGUCAAGCAGCUGAUCCUGCGUUGCGUUACUUGCGUGCGAUGGCGGGCGGCCGUUCCUCAGCAACUCAUGGGCGAUCUCCCGAGGCUGCGGGUGACGCCGGCUAGACCUUUCCUCAACACAGGGGUCGACUACGCCGGCCCUAUUCAAUUGCGGACGAGCAAAGGGCGCGGACGCCAGGCGUACAAGGCGUUUAUCGCCGUAUUCGUCUGCCUAUCCACAAGGGCUGUGCAUCUGGAGGUCGUAUCGGACUACACUGCCGAUGCUUUCCUGGCGGCCCUUCGACGGUUUGUCUCAAGGCGCGAAUUGUGCCGCACCAUCCAUAACGACUGCGGGACAAACUUCGUCGGAGCCGAUGCGCAGCUGAGAGCGUUGUUCGCCGCCAGUAGCCCGGAGCGACGACGAAUAGUCGGACAGCUGACCGCGGACCAAAUUUAG